AUGGAUUCUCUGAGCUAUCGGUCAGGUAAUAUUAACCGUUCAGCUUUAGCACCCUUUCGGUGCCUAGCUGCCGUGCCACCCGAAGGAAGCACGAGGGCUGGGAUACUGCCAGGUUGCCCAAGCCUAGACAGGGGAAGUCGAAAGGCAGAGGUCGGGUUCGAACCACGGACCUUCCGGUCAGUAAAUUCGCACUCUAACCAGUUGGACCAUCUCGACCCCCUCAGCGUUUCUGGUCAGUACGAACUUUUGACAGGAGCAUUCGCAUCAAGCAACCUGGCGGCCACCAAACGCAAACCAACCAUGUACCUAGCUGAAUCACGUGGCCGUCAGCCACCGAUAGAAAAUCGUUCAGCUGUAACAUCCCUUCGGUGCCUAGCUGCCAUACCACCCGAAGAAAGCUGGGAUACCGCUAGGUUGCCCAAGCCUAGACAGGGGACGUCGAGAGGCAGAGGUCGGGUUCGAACCACGGACCUUCCGAUCAGUAACUUAGCGCUCUAA